UUAGGAGGAGUUUGUGACUCCUGCGGCUCACCUAGGACCUUUUACCAAAACGCUUUUCACAACGUGAGAGUUGGGCUGUUGUGCUGCUGAGAACUGCGAAGACUUUUUGACGUGCAAAGUCCAGUAUCCUGGCAAAGCAAACACUUUCUAGGACAUGAGCCAAACGAGCAGACAGUUAUUUUGUGCCAAAAUCUGGCCAGAGGAUAGGAAAUCAUACACAGGCGACGUCGUGACCGCUGCCAGUAUGGCGCAAAAAACUGAAGAAAGUCGCGUCUAUUUCACCAAAAUCCCGACUGGAAGCAGUGCCGGGAGUUUGGCAGAAUCCGAGAAUGCAAACCUGUACGGAUCCGGAAACACUAUUCCGCUAGCCUGUGACAUGGAGAAACGCUGCUGCCAGACAGCUGCUGCUCCUCAGGAGGAGUUCAGCGCUGAGUGCCGAGUGGGCGACAUUCGCUCCGUUUCUGCCUGCGCUACAAUCUCAGAAACAGCCAGGGAGCUCUGCAAAGCUGUGUCCGUGUCUCUGGGUCUGACCAUGGAGUCCGGUGACACGAGCGAGGUGCACGUUUCUCUUCCCCCGUGUGCCGCAAAUGACCAAAUGAGCGCAGAGUAUUUAUUCGGGGUGGAAGCCGUGCCUGCGAACUGUCCCGGAGCCCCGGCUUCUCUCUCCGAGUACAGGUGUCCCGAGCGAGAUGAGCGCCCGCCACACGACCACAAGCAACAGGUGAAAAUGUUCAAAAGUUCAGAGCCCGCGGCGGCUUUUCAUCACCUCACUUCCACGGCGACAUCUGUGAACGCGCAAAACUUCACGCUGUGCCAGGCUGAUGACAUAACUCCGAAAGAGAUAGAUCAUCUGGACAUAGCGUCCGCUGCCUCUUGCCCUUACGCCCCAGCUGCGCCGGAGCCUUUGGCACAGUUCGGCCCCGCGGCUGCACAGAGGCCGUGCGGAGCUUACAACUCCGUGGAGGAAGCGGGAGACGUCGGGGAUGCCGGGGAGAAUAGGUCCAUGGGGGUUCAGGCAGAACGGUACGGCGUCAAAGUCAAAUCUGAGGGAAGUGCAUCUGCAGGGGCGUUGUGGGUCAGCAGGCCUAAUUACAGCUUCGGCGACAAGUACAACUCGCAGUUUUGGGGGUCGAGGCAGUGCAUGAACGUGCAGAGCUCGGGAGCGAACUCCCCGUUUAUAUGCAAUCCAUAUGACGGGACCGUAAUGCGCCGUGAACAGUGGUACCCUGGCGGGAUGCUGAGGACGCCUUAUCCCAACUCCAACUACAUGAAGGGUGAAGUCGGCGAAUGGCUGGAUGUCACUUACAACGACACCAGGUUUGAGUCCAGUAGAGAACACAUGUUUCCCAUGGAGUUCUUCUUUCCCCCACAGAGGACAUGCCUCAUCUGCUCGGACGAGGCAUCUGGCUGCCAUUACGGCGCACUCACCUGUGGCAGCUGCAAGGUUUUCUUCAAAAGGGCUGCCGAAGGCAAGCAGAAAUACCUGUGUGCCAGCAAGAAUGACUGCACUAUUGAUAAGCUAAGAAGAAAGAACUGCCCCUCCUGUCGCCUGAAGAAGUGCUUUGAAGCUGGGAUGGCUCUUGGAGCACGUAAGCUGAAGAAGAUUGGACAACAGAAAAGCCCAGAAGAAGAUCAUGGUGCUCAGGAUCCAGUGGAUCCGCAUCUCUCUCCUAAAUCUGGUGUGCAACUGAACUCCCACCUGGUCUUCCUCAACAUCCUGGAGUCCAUUGAGCCAGAGGUUGUGAAUGCAGGCCAUGACUGUGGCCAGCCAGACUCCGCUGCCACCCUGCUCACCAGCCUCAACGAACUGGGAGAGAGACAACUUGUCAAAGUGGUCAAAUGGGCAAAAGGAUUGCCAGGUUUCAGAAAUCUCCAUGUGGAUGACCAGAUGACUGUCAUUCAGCAGUCAUGGAUGGGGGUGAUGGUGUGUGCCUUGGGAUGGAGGUCCUACAAGAAUGCCAGUGGCAGGAUGCUAUACUUUGCCCCAGACCUUGUGUUCAAUGAACACAGAAUGCACGUUUCCACCAUGUACGAGCACUGCAUACGGAUGAGGCAUCUCUCUCAGGAGUUUGAGAUGUUGCAGAUCACCCAGGAAGAGUUUCUCUGCAUGAAGGCCUUGCUCCUCUUUAGCAUUAUUCCCGUUGAGGGUCUGAAGAGUCAGAAGUACUUUGACGAAUUGCGUCUCACCUACAUCAACGAACUCGACCGCCUCAUCAACUAUCAAACGACUACGAACACAUCUCAGAGGUUCUACCAGCUCACACGACUCAUGGACUCUCUCCAGAUGACCGUGAAGAAGCUCCAUCAGUUUACCUUUGACCUUUUUGUCCAGGCUCAGUCAUUUCACACCAAGGUCAGCUUUCCAGAGAUGAUUGGAGAAAUAAUCUCAGUACAUGUACCAAAGAUCUUGGCAGGUUUGGCUAAACCAAUCUUGUUUCAUAAGUAGAAGGAGAAUUUUUUUUAAAAAUCAGAAAAUGACUCAUCUUGCAGCCUCCGUAAACUUUAACUAAGGCUUUAAACUGUUUUCCCACAUCUUCAAUCUGACUGCUUUUAUCCCUGCCUUGUAAUCACAUUUUUAUUGCUCAAGGCGUUUUACGUUUGGGGUUGGGGUUUUUUGCCUUUUUAGCCAUAAUUGAGAUUGUUUCUUCAAAACUAUUAAAGCUUUUACCUGAAGAGCUGUCUUUUUAUGACAGCUUUGUGGUUCAUGAGAUCAUAAGAGGAUUGUUUGUGUUUUCUGAUGGAGGAGAGAAUCAGCUUUACAUUUACAGUUAAGUCUGUAAAACAUGAUCACCUAAACCUUUGUGACAUCGUUAUGUAUAACAGACAAAGAAAUUACAAAUCGUAAAUAAUAUUCGGAUUACCAAAGUAUUUUAGCUGCUGCCUUGCAGUUCAUCUAUUCAUUUCAUGUUUGUGAAAGUGAGAUUCCCGUAUGGCUCAGUCACAAAAAAAACCACAUCCUUCUUGCCACAGCAGUAAAAUUAGGACGUCAACCUCUUUGCUACUUGAUACUUGUCCAAUGAUUACAUUUUUUUUUUUUUUCACAUUUAGCAGUUGAUUGCAAGUAGUUGUGGCAACCAACUAUCCAGAGGUUAAGGGUGUCAACCUGUGGACAACCACUUUUGCGAUCACAAAACAGCUGCACACCAAGUGAGAGGCAACCAGUCUCUAAACAGUUGCAGUCUGACUUUUACUGACUGCAAUCUCUAUCAGACUGGUGAAUGUUUCCAAAUAACUGCGGUCUGGUUUAUAAAUGCAGACCGACUGCUUGCGUGUCGCCAUUCGAAAGUUUAUGCUUGCUAUUUGUGGAGGAAUUUUGAAUUUUUGUUUCAAAUCUAUCAAUGAGGUUCUAGUGGAAGUCUGAAUGUAAGUAGAUAAUGUGAAUUUCUGUGUAAUGUGAAUUCCCUUGAAUGAUUUGCAACACCCGGUAACAUAUUGAUGUAAUAUUAGGGCUGUGCGAUAUGACCAAAAUCUUAUAUUCCGAUAUAAGAAUUCUGUCGUCCCGAUAACGAUAUA